CUCACCCCCCUUCCCUUUACAAGUAAACCAAACACCCUUUUAAACCCCAUCUUUCCUUUCUCUUUCUCUUAGCUCCAUUCCUUCAGAGCCUCUCCAAUGGCAAUCCCGAGGUGCUCCCUCUCCAUUGCUCUCUUCCUCCUCUUCUCCUCCUCCUCCUCCCUCCUCGUGCGCAGAACCUUCGGGGAUUCUGGCUGGCAGACCGCGCAUGCCACGUUCUACGGUGGUGGCGAUGCGUCAGGAACAAUGGGAGGGGCUUGCGGCUACGGCAACCUCUACAGCCAAGGUUACGGCACGAACACCGCCGCGCUCAGCACGGCGCUCUUCAACAAUGGCCUCAGCUGCGGCGCAUGCUACGAGAUGAAGUGCGCCGACGACCCCACGUGGUGCCUCCCUGGGACCAUUGUGGUCACCGCCACCAACUUCUGCCCUCCAAACUACGCCCUCUCCAACGACAACGGCGGGUGGUGCAACCCUCCCCUCCAGCAUUUUGACCUGGCCGAGCCUGCCUUCCUCCAGAUCGCUCAGUACCGCGCUGGGAUCGUGCCCGUCUCCUUCAGAAGGGUGCCAUGUGUGAAGAAGGGGGGAGUUAGGUUCACCGUCAACGGUCACUCCUACUUCAAUUUGGUCUUGAUCACCAACGUCGCGGGUGCUGGCGACGUGCAUGCUGUGUCCAUCAAGGGAUCCAAGACCGGCUGGCAGGCGAUGUCCCGGAACUGGGGCCAGAACUGGCAGAGCAAUGCUUACCUUGACGGACAGAGCCUCUCCUUCCAAGUCACCACAAGCGACGGGAGGACCGUCACAAGCUACGACGCCGUGCCUGCCGGGUGGCAAUUCGGGCAGACCUUCCAAGGGGGACAAUUCUAAUUUCUAAGCAGAACAAGGCUUCCAAGCCUAAUAUUAUCGAUAUCUUGCAGUAUUUGUAUUGGUUAAUAUUGGAUUAAAGGAGAUAUUAAAAGGAGCGUCUUGUAUGGAGAGAGGUUUGGCUAAUGCAGAGGUUGCAAUCAUUUAGCACCCGCAAAGGCUUAAUCGAUAUGGAUAGAUAUAGAUAGAUGAAAGAUUGUUUUCAGUGUCUUGCUCUGUUAGACUGGUUGUCCGAGGCCUGGGAUUGUGGGGAUAGGGAAGUUAGGUGGGCUUCUUUGUGGGGUAGCCCCGGGUCUUCAUUGCAUUCUGUGGGGAUUAGGCUGCUGCUGUACUUUUGAGAUGCUUGUGAGAAUGCUAUUUUAGCCCGCAUAUGGGUAAUAAAGUGUUCUGUAGACAUAUCGUU